AUGCAAUUGCAAUUAAACGCGCUAAUUUUGAUAACAUUAUUUACAUUCAUAGAUAAGACUAAGGAACGUCAACGUCAACUUGUAUUGUCGUUCCAAAUAUUUCAAGCUACAAAAAAUAAAAAUCACAAAAUGAAUUUCACGGAACGAUUUGGUUUUACAACUUUAUUACUUAAUGCAUUAAGAACGACUAUUUUAGUCAGAUGA